CGACCGGUGGCGUCGACGACGACGGCGGCGACGACGGUGGUGCGUGUCGCGAUUAAUAAACGGGCAGUGUGUGGUGCUGUGGGGGAAAGGACGAUGAGGGCCGGAGGGAUAAUUUGGGUGGCGACUUGAGGUCAGAAAUGUUGAAAUUCGGCAGCAAGAGCGACGUGACGGUGGUGCAUCGCGCCACUAUUCGACUGUUCGACGACAACGAAAUUAUUUACUGCGACUUCCAGCCACAAGACAAAGGGCGCUACAUUCUCGAAUAUGUGUGCAAGCAGCUCAACAUUUUGGAGAUGGACUACUUUGGGCUCCGCUACGUCGAUAAAGAGAGGGAAAGGCACUGGCUGGACUUAGCGAAGACAGCGAUCAAACAGGUGAAAGACAUGCAUGAGAUUGUGCUUUGCUUCCGCGUGAAAUUCUACCCGCCCGAUCCUUUGCGGCUAAAAGAGGAGAUCACCAGGUAUCAAGUUUACCAGCAGCUCAAGAGGGACCUUCUUUACGGACGUUUGUGUUGCAGCCCCGGCGAGGCAGCGCUGCUGGUGGCGUGCAUAGUGCAAAGUGAAUUGGGCGAUUAUGAUCCCGAAAUUCACGAUGGGAACUACAUCUCCGAGCACAAAUUACUCAAGACGCAGACCCCGACGAUCGAGGAGAAGGCGAUGGACAUACAUCAGACUCAGGUGAAGGGAUUCACACCGGAACAGGCGGAGAACUACUUCCUCAGGAUAGCGUCACAAUUGGAUACGUACGCGGUCGAUCCGCAUCCGGUCAAGGAUCCUGACAAGGGCACGCAACUUCAUCUUGGCAUCAACCACAGCGGGAUCCUUACUUUCCAAGACUCACGGAAGAUACAACAAUUCCGCUGGUCGGAAGUUCAGAAGAUCAAUUUCGAAGGAAAGAUGUUUAUUGUGCACGUGACGAUAAAUGAGGACUUAAGGACAAAGAAAAAGCAUCUCGUCGGUUACAAAUGUCCCACGGCAACGAACUGUCGCCACGUGUGGAGAUGCGCCAUUGAGCAGAUGCUGUUUUUUACCUUGCCGAGGGCGUCGGACGCGCCGGUAGUGAGCGGCGGUUCCAUCUUCUCCUGGGGAUACAAGUUCAAGUAUACCGGAAGAACGGAAAAGGAGGUUCUGGAGGAGGCAGGACCGCUCCGGAAGGAAGAGCCGCCGAUACAACGCUGCCAGACAACGUGUCUGAGAAGAAAAGCCAGCAGCGUGCCGGCUACGCCGAGCACGCCGAGCCAAGACCUCGUCGAAAUACGAUACUCCAGCCUACCACGUAGCUGUCACAGCGCGGGCCUGGAUGGCGCUGGGAUGCUGGAGGGCGGAGCGGGGGUGCCGCUGAGUUCGCCCUAUUGUCCAGACAAUACCUUGCCCCUACUGGAGACUGUAUCCGAGGACCAAGAGAUUCACGCCAGGAGAAACAACGCCGUAGACGAAAAUGAUACGCAUGCGAGUGCCACCCACACGUCUACUACUACCAUCACCACCACCACUACCACCACCACCACCUCCAACACCAUCACCACAAACCGUGCGAAAGCCAAACUGAAAUUCCCCAAGAGCACGCUGAACCGACCGCAACCGUUGUACAGUCAGAAAAUAGUGAUAGACUCGGACGAGCUGGCCGGUCGCGACAUCGAGCACGUCGUGCGACAGCGCAUUAACGCCCUGAUUAACGAGGGAAGUCCGAAGGUGGUGCGGUCGACCGCGCUGAUAAUCAAGAGCUCGAAGGCGCCGGCAAGCGCCAAUGGACGCCCGCCGAUCAGAAGCAGCAGCUCCUCCGCCGCGCACGAGGGUAAGGCGCGCGUAAGCGAGGUAAGCGAGCUCGACGGCGAGGUAAGCCGUGGGACCACAACAUCGAUCAAGACUGCCAUGAACGGUUGCGCGGGACUGUUGAACGGAUUCGAUCGCGCGAAGCGCCAGGAAGCAGCAGUCGGUCAGCACGAGGGCGAGGCAAACGACUACUACUUCAGGGACUCCUUCGACCACUCCUCGUCGGAGAGCCAACUGCUGGACGCCUCGGGCAAACCGCACAGCCGUUCGGUCACGCCGGUACCCAAGAUGCAAAAGCUGCAGAACUCGAAGCUGUGCUUGCAGCAGCAACAACAGCAUCCGCAGCGUCAUCACGCGGGUCGACGUGUCGCGGCCACGGCCAAGCUUCGACGCAAAAGCCUGCACGUUAUCAGGCUCUUUAUACCGGUGUUUAUGCUGACAAUCACGGUGCUGUUCAUCGUGACGGUCUUGGUAUUCGAGACGGAUACGACGCUGUUCAAUAGCUUGCGCAAAACGCCGGAAAUGGUGGCCUUAAGGAGCCAGUAUUACGUUCCGAUCAAGGAGUUCCUGCGGACCAAGCUCGGCCUAUUCUGAUGCGACAAGAUGAUGACCGGGCCGAGGUCGUCCUACGUCGUCGCGUAGCCUCUCUCUAUCUCUAGCUUUCUUUCUCUCUGUCUCUCUUACUCUCUCUCUCUCUCUCUCUCUUUCUCUUUUUCUCUCUGUCUCUCUCUCUCUCUCUUCAGUGCCAAGUCGCGGACGGGACUCGUGACUAGAGAGAUUUACUGGCCCCCAGUCGCGGAAAAAAGAACGUGCGCCUUUUUCCCUUUCAUCCUCUCCGCCUCAGCCUCCCUUCGUUGCGCGCCGUCGCGUCGCAGCUUGAUCGCACGAGUGCGAGUGCUUCGAGAGUGUUUGUCGGAAGCCAGGCCGGAAACAAGAAGAAGAGAGACGAAAAGUAUUGAGAGGAUCCGUACAAGGUCUGAGGUCGGAAUUACAUCUGUUUAUUAUUAAAAUUCGAGCGACAAAAAAGAAAUGAUUUGAAUUGUUUUGUAAAAAAAAAAAACUUGUACAAAAGCUGUACUUAAUCGUGAACGAACACACACAAUGUAUGUAUGUAAAAUAGCGCGUUCUACUUUCGUGUCUCCGUGCGUGUUUCGUGAAAAAGAGAGACGCUUACGGUCAGAUAUUUUAUUUCAGAGGAGACUCGCGCUUGGCUACGUGAGUCGCCGCGCUACUCGGUCGCCUCGUCUCUUCACACAAAUGCGGAACCAGAAGUUCGCACGCGCAUUUAUUUUACAAAUGUUGAAUUUAGUCGGAGAAACGCGGUCUCAGCGCGAAAAUACGCGUUGCUCGCCCGUGAAAAAUAAUAGGGAAAUGUCACUAAUGUACAUAUAUACUUGUUUAAUAUUAAAAGAAAACAAAAUACAAAUAUAACAAAUAACAAAAGUAAAUUGUAAAAUUUAGAAGAUUUUAAAAAUAUAUUUAUAAAAACGUGGUUGAAAACAAUUUUCAUUGAGAAACUUAUUUCUCUGGUUUUUGAAAUGAAAAUUUGUUUCAUUGAAUAAUAUUGCAUGAAGUUGUAAUCGUUGUAUUCUCAUAUCACAUUCAUUGUAACGUGUAUAGUUUUAAUCGUACACGCCGAUACUAAAAAUCAGCGGACGACGAUAUACGGGACGUAUUUUCGACCGUUGGAGGAGAGAAUUCGAUUUUAUUCGUCACGAAUUCAACGGAAUGGAUGGUUGGUGCCGAGCUACCGGGUGUAUCGUAUGGCCUACCCUAUUAUCAUGAAAAGGAUGUGUGUAUGUGUGUGUGAGUGUGUGCGGACACACAAGAGUGUUCUUUUUUCGGACGCGUGACUUUCUCCGCGCGCCGCGGAUAACGCGACAAGAGAUAAAAUACGCAGCGCGGCGCAACGCGCUGAUAUAAUAACAGACAAAGAUAUUUUAGACACUGUGAGAGGACGGAAGAAAGAGCGCGUGUACACAGAGAAGAGCGGAUGUGUAAUAUGUGUAAUAAAAAAAAAAAAGAAAAAAAAAACAAGUCCGUCUCUUUGACGAGACUCCGCUGAGAAUUAGUUAAGGGAUUUAUAUAGAUUUAUUUUAAACGUCGGUCAACGAACAAAAAUAACAGUCGUUUCGUCGUAGAUAAUUGUAGACGACAUAUAUGUAUGUGCAGCGCUCUAGUACAGGAAAAACAGACGAGUUGACAAAGUUACAUCGCGUCGUCGAUGGCAAACAUUUAAAUUCGUAAAAAGAAAUAAUAAAACAAAAACAAAAAAAAAAAACUUCCUUGCCGAUUUAAUCGCUGUCUGUUUACGCGUUCUCGAUGUGCGUAGGUGCGCUUUGAUGUGCGUUACCGUCAUCAUCUUUGUCCGUCGUCUCAUCUCCCCUCAUUCUUGCGGGAGUGUGACAUAUCUCGUCGCAGCGCGUGCAGCAAAUAUUCUCGAUACUCUCGUACGAUUACGAGGAGCCAUCAUCUCUCUCCUUUUCACGAGAAGAAGUGAGAUUUGUCAGGAUCUGCGCGUUGCAUUCGACGGAAAUUUUACCGGUUGUGAAAUUAAUAAAACGCGCGUGUGUGAACAAACUUUGCGAGUGAAUUUAAGCAAAAUUCGAUUUCACCUCUCGCGUCUUGUACAAAUAAAUUAAAGCGAGAAAUCUAAAAUUAAAAAUCUGUAAAGAAACCAAAACUGUCUGACUUUUUUUUUUGAAAAUUCUCGUUUCUUGAUUUUCACUUGCUUUUAAACGAUUCUUCGGAAAAUCUUAGAGGUGCUUUCACCUCUUUCGGCAGAUCCUGACUCAUCUUGUGUGUCUCAGACUGGCUAUGUCCGCUUGAGUGUUUUUCAAAUCGAUGAAGCAAGAGUUUUGUCAAUUUCCUUUCGACUUUAUUGCCGAUCAACACGCGAAUCGACACGUGUAUGUGAUUUCGAUUCUCGAGAGAAAAAAAAUAGAGUUUCUGCCCUCAAGUGGACAUGCGGUCUCUCUCAGUCAGCCAUUUUUCCUAAAAGUGCCUACGCUGUUUCUUUCGUAUCGUUGGAUUCGUUCGAGCUAAUGAAUAUCCACUCUGGAAAACUAAGAGCCAGGAUAAAGUAAGCUCGAGUAAAAAAAGCACAGAAUUAAAAACAGAAUAUCUAUGAGCAAACCAAUGAAACUCACUCUCAUGUCGAUCUUCGCAUCGAAGCGUAGCGCUCUUCUGCUCGCGUCGGACGAUGUUAACCGGGUUUUUAUUGGCUCGAAAACAAAUUUCCCUAAUGUAGCGCGAACAGAACGUCGUCGGCCGAGCACGAACGACUCUAAUAAAUUAGAGUCGUAACUGUGUGAAGCACGCGAUGCGCCGGCAGUAGGGCGCGAAAAUGUGCGAAAUUUUCGCUGAUUGUGUCGAUUCGCCGCGAGGACACAUUACGAAGGCCGGUACCAUGUGCUUCUGAUCUAAACCAAAAAUUAGUCGCCCAUCUCUAAUGUCGAAAAACGCAUUUCCGGCCGUCUGAACGGAACGAAGAGAGUCACCGGAUUAAUCUCAAUUGGAGUUACUUGAACGAUGAUCGAUUGCGCGUCUCGGGCAGAAGAAGUCGCUACGGGCGACGUGCUACUUGUAUAAAUAAAACAAAUGAAGGUCAAUUGCAAAUGUAAAUCUAGUUAUUAUAAAUUAUAAGAGAAUAUCAAUAAAUAUAUCCUCUUGCUGGGCCACACAUUUCCGAUGUAACACAAGAGAACUGAGAGUCACGCGAGAGAAGAAAACUUGAAAUGGGAGUCGGUCACCAGGUCGGUCUCCGAAAGCAAUCAAUGAGAGAGAGAGCAGAUACACUAAACGAAAUUAAAAUACUCUCGCAAUUGUCGUGGUUUUUCGAUUCUCAAAAGCUGAAAUACUCUUUCUUCCGGAGAGACGACUUUCACAAUAAUAAAACUCGCAAGGACAUAUUUCAAAAAAAGAGAGUUCGCCGUAAUGUAAUGGACCGAAAAGAGCGGUGGUUUACCGGAGAGCGACUGUUGAUUCUAAAAAAAAAGCAAAGAAACAAAACCAAACUCUUUUCUAAGGAAAACAUGAGAAUUCGAAAUUGCGGAUCUCUUUAAUUUGUAAUUACCGCGAGUUCGCGACCUCUUGCGAGGGAAGCGCUUCAAUAAGGGAUAAAAAAAACUUUUAAGUGAACACUCGGUCUAAAGUGUGGAAUGUUUGAUGAGGCAGAAACGGAGGAUUGUUUGUUGAAAAAAAAUGAUGUGCGAUGUGAUAAGAUGUGAAAUAUUUGAGAGUGACAAAGUUUUUUCAAUUCUGCGCGAUGAUACAUUUUUCAGAGAACUUCCCCGGUAAACGUAAGUUAAUUGAUAGAUACUCGUUAUUCGUGCGCGCGCGCGCGCGCGCGUAACUGUAUAUAAUAGAAAAAAAUCUGCGGUGUUGAAAGUGUGAGACGAUUAGCCGGACUGUGCGUGCGGUUGUUGCGUGUGCAAACGAUCGAAGACGUGACGUGCGAGAAGAACGUGUGUGCGUUUCAUAUAUAUAUAUAUAUACAUGUAUAAUUUAGAUGCGGUUUGUAAUCUAAUUACAUUAUUGGCGACGCAUUUCGGUAUUGUUUAGAACAUCAGGCGCAGUAUUAAUCUUGCCGACAACUCUUCAAAUUCGAGAGAAUCUCAACAAUUGUUUUUAGAUGCAUUUAGUAGCCGUAGUCUGUCUUUCGUUGUUCGGUGCGGGAGAAGUUGUAUAUAUAAUAUAUUUUCAAAACUACGUAAUUCUACAUUUCGAAUGCGAUAUGAUAAUUUAAAGACAAUGUAUGUCGCGACGCGACGCGUAUUAUCAGUCGAGCGAGUUGUGCGCGUGUUGCGUUCGUUGUAAAUUUAUGACAACGUGCCGCGCCGCGUAAUUGCAAUUAGCACCUUUACAUUUAAUGAGGGUCGCGCUCGUCCGACAAAUCAUCGCAAAAUUGCAAAUUUGUUCUUAAUUAGAUAAUUAUGAAAUUAUCGACAUUCUCCUGUUGAUGUGCACGCGCGCGCGAUCAUAAAUUCAACGCUGAAACAAAAUUUACAUCGUCAAUUAUUGUUAAGAUAUUUAAUUUCGCGCUGAUGUGAGAAAAUGUCUGUGUAGGAUUGUUUUUAAUAGUCUAUUUUACGAGGGGUUAGUUACAUAGUUGGUUAGAUAUUUAUUUAAUGAUACGUAGAAGUAUUGUUAAUAUUUAUUCGCCGUAGUGCUGCGAAAGAAAGAACCAGGCACAAUUGCGGGAAUAACAAUAUUGCGAACGGAGGGCUAAAGCAAUUACCACGUAUUGUGUGCGUGUGUGUGUGUGUGUGUGUACAAAUGUGCGGCGAGGUGAGUGUGUGUGAUGAAAAUGCGAUGUUAAUUAGAGAAACAAAAAAAAAAAACACGGCCGACGCGACGACGAGAAUGGAGCUCUGCGCUAAAUCAAAAAAAAAAAAAAAAUAAAAAUUAAAAAAAACUAACGAUGAUAAUCUUUCUACAAUCUCCAUUCGUAUGUACACUUUUUGUACGCUUGCAAAUCGUAGCGAGGACAACAGUCAUGUAGAGAGUCAAGUACGUGAAAAAAAAAAAAAAAAAGGGAAAGAGCGUUUUUCUUCUGAUCUGUUAUUAUACAUAGCCCUUUGAAAAAUUUUGUAUCGCAUGCAUGAAUAAACGAGACGUUUCAGAUCGCAGACGAGAUUUCGUAUUAUAACGUACACACGCGUGUGUGUGUGUGUGUGUGUGUGUUGUGUGCGUGUGUUGUGUGUGUGUGAGAGGAGAGUCAUACUUCAUAUGAAAGAAAUAUUCAUUCAGAGUUUUAUAGCUUUCUUGUAAACACACACACUUAAAAAAAAAAAACAGCAAAAAUUGACACUUGCAUCUCCGAUUCUUUUAUCGAAUAAAGAUAAAUCACAAAUCA